UCCCCUCCAUAUCAUGUGAUUCAGGUGUUCCAAUCCCCUCCAUAUCAUGUGAUUCAGAUGUUCCAAUCCCCUCCAUAUCAUGUGAUUCAGAUGUUCCAAUCCCCUCCAUAUCAUGUGAUUCAGGUGUUCCAAUCCCCUCCAUAUCAUUUGAUUCAGGUGUUCCAAUCCCCUCCAUGGACACAGGUGUAUACAUUCAAGCCCCUAGGCUUACCCCCUACUGAUGGGGGUCUGGUGGAUUUCAGUCUACCUUCAGGGGUCUGGUGGAUUUCAGUCUACCUUCAGGGGUCUGGUAGAUUUCAGUCUACCUUCAGGGGUCUGGUGGAUUUCAGUCUACCUUCAGGGGUCUGGUGGAUUUCAGUCUACCUUCAGGGGUCUGGUGGAUUUCAGUCUACCUUCAGAGGUCUGGUGGAUUUCAGUCUACCUUCAGGGGUCUGCUGGAUUUCAGUCUACCUUCAGGGGUCUGGUGGAUUUCAGUCUACCUUCAGGGGUCCUGGUGGAUUUCAGUCUACCUUC